AUGCCUUCUUCACUUCUCACAUUUCUCCUCUUUCUCCUCUCAAUCUCAUCGUCCUUAGCUCAAACCUACAAUAUCCUUUCUUACGGAGCCAAACCGGAUGGCAAAACCGACUCGACCAAGGCCUUAACCGCCGUGUGGGCCAAAGCAUGCGCCUCGGUCAAGCCGGUUACCAUUUUGGUCCCUAAGGGACGGUUUUUGAUAGGAAGCAUUGUUUUUGAUGGAGCCAUGUGUAAACGCAAGCCCGUUACGGUCCGUAUCCAAGGUACACUUGUGGCUCCAUCCGAUUAUCGAGUCAUCGGUAAAAUGAGUCAUUGGAUUUUCUUUGAACAUCUUGAUGGUCUCUCCAUCUACGGUGGAGUUCUUGACGCUCAAGGAGCUUCUCUAUGGUCUUGCAAAAAGUCCGGCAAGCAUUGCCCUGGUGGUGCCACGAGCAUAGGGUUUCAAAGCUCAAGCAACGUACUCAUCUCCGGGCUGACGUCACUUAACAGUCAGAUGUUUCACGUCGCGAUUAACGGUUGCCGUAACGUAAAGCUAGACGGAGUCAAAGUUUCAGCUGACGGAAACAGUCCAAACACUGACGGCAUCCACGUCCAAUUAUCCUCCACCGUCUCCAUCUUCAACUCCAAAAUCUCCACCGGCGACGAUUGUGUCUCCGUCGGUCCCGGCACUAACGGUCUUUGGAUCGAAAACGUCGCUUGUGGCCCUGGCCAUGGUAUUAGCAUUGGGAGCUUAGGAAAAGAAAGUGUGGAGGCAGGAGUUCAGAAUGUAACAGUGAAAACGGCGACGUUUACAGGAACAGAGAAUGGGGUGAGAAUAAAGUCAUGGGCCAGGCCCAGUAAUGGAUUCGCUAAGAAUAUCCGUUUUCAACAUUGUGUUAUGAACAACGUACAAAACCCAAUCGUCAUUGACCAGAACUACUGUCCUGGCAACGAAAAUUGCCCUAACCAGGUUUCAGGGAUAAAAAUUAGUGAUGUAAUGUUCUUCGAUAUACACGGGACAUCGGCGACAGAAAUCGGGGUGAAAUUUGAUUGUAGCUCGAAGAAACCGUGUACCGGAAUUCGAAUUCAAGACGUGAAGCUAACGUACCGGAAUAAACCAGCAAUAGCAGAUUGUAGUCAUGCAGGAGGGACUGAGUCUGGGUUUCAACGGCCCAACAAUUGUCUGUGA